AUGGCUCGACCGGCGACGAUUCUCAUCGAUUGGAGCUGUGUCCCCAAUUCGCGGGAAUGCUCAAUCUUCAUUUCCGUCUUCCAGUCGCAGAAUCUCGCUUUGAGAGGUGGAAUCACUGGUUUCGGUGCUCCUGAAGCUCUGCCAACUGCUUGUGAAAAUGCCAGCCCUUCUUCCGUCAAAUCUUUCAACCAGUUUGUGACUUUUGAUCUCAGUUUUGUUGAGCUUCCAAUGACUAUGGAGACAGAGAUUGAAGAUCAUAUGAGGUUACUAUGUUCUGAUAAUGCCUUUGCUCUCUGUUCUUUGAUUGAAACUUUGAUUGAUCGGGUUGAUCUAUCUGAAUCCGAGGCUGAAUCAUCUCUCGAGUUUUUGCUGAAGGAGGCAAACGAGGCGCUAAUUAGUGCCUUUCUGGUUCUGCUGAGAGCUAAAGGAGAGACAUACGAAGAAGUUGUGGGAUUGGCAAGGGCAAUGAUGAAGCAUGCCAUGAAAGUGGAAGGAUUAGUCGAUGCCGUGGACAUAGUUGGAACAGGUGGCGAUGGAGCAAACACAGUCAACAUAUCAACUGGAUCUUCAAUACUUGCUGCAGCUUCUGGUGCAAAAGUAGCCAAGCAAGGGAAUCGUUCGAGUUCAUCUGCAUGUGGAAGUGCUGAUGUAUUAGAGGCACUAGGAGUGGCGAUUGACUUGGGACCAGAGGGGAUUAAGAGAUGUGUGGAAGAAUCAGGGAUUGGUUUUAUGAUGUCACCAAUGUACCAUCCAGCUAUGAAGAUCGUUGGUCCGGUCCGGAAAAAGCUUAAAAUUAAAACCGUUUUUAACAUAUUGGGACCAAUGCUUAAUCCUGCUAGCGUCUCUUAUGCCGUCGUUGGUGUAUACCACAAGAACCUGGUUCUUAAGAUGGCAAAGGCGCUGCAGCGAUUUGGUAUGAAGAGAGCAUUGGUUGUUCAUUCAUAUGGCCUAGACGAAAUGAGUCCUUUAGUGGACUUUGGGAUUCCUCGUUGUACCAUUGAGGAUUUACGUGGUGGAGGUCCAGACUACAAUGCGGAUGUGUUAAGACGUGUGCUUUCAGGGGAAAGUGGGCCAAUUGCAGAUUCAUUGAUCCUAAACGCAGCUGCAGCUCUACUGGUUAGCAACCGAGUUCAAACGCUAGCCGAAGGAGUGACCCUGGCCCGUGAAGUGCAAUCGUCUGGCAAAGCUAUCAAGACGCUUGAUUCGUGGAUUCACAACUCUAAAUUAGCUCAGGAAUCUCAGUGA